AUGCAGGAACGUUCUCCAGUCGCAGCGCGACCGAGAGAAGAUCGACAAGAAGCAACAAAGACACAGACAGAAAAUGGCGGAAUCCCUUCUUCGCCAUCUUCCUCUUCCUCCUCUUCUGUCUCUUCUUCUUCCUUUCGUCCUCCCGCCGGUUCUUUCUCGUUUUCUUCCACCUCUGACCGCAGUGCCUUUUCUGAAGACCACCGCUUGCGCGCGACGGACCUCUCUGGAGCACCUCAGUUCUCUGCUCUUCAGCAUUCGAAGGUUCCGUCGAGGCCUCCUGAGUUUUCUCUCGGUUCCGUUCCCUCCCUCUCCUCGCACGAUGUCCUCGCACCGCCUCCACCGGCUCCGGAGUCUCGUCGCCGCUCGGUCCCCGUGAUGCUGCCUCUCCUUCCUUCUUCUCCUCUUUACCAUGGCUGCUCCUCCUUCUCGCGCGACGCUCCUUCCCAGACCGCGGGGCACCCUCGACGUCCACGCUGGUUCCUCUCUUCUCCUUCUCCCCAUCUGCUUUCUCUCCUCCAGAGAGAAGCCAGUCGGUGCUGUGCUCCAGAUCAACCUCCAUCUGCUUCUUCCUCCUCUUCUGCGUCUUUCUCUGCUUCUUUCUCGUCUCCGCCCAUCGCGUCCGGCGGUGGCCAGAGGGGAGAGGUCGGUGUCUCGAAACGAGGAGAGACAGCGAGAGAGGGUGGAGACGGAGCUGAGGACGAGAGAGGUCGACCGUGGAACCGAUCCGGACGCAGAGACCCAGCAGGCCUUGGUUGCGUCUGCCUCGGGAGUCCGGAUGACGGCAGGAGCAAAGAAGCAGGUUUUCCACGCGCAGAGGACGAGACGAUGACAUCUUCACAGAACGCGUUUCCUGCGGAUGGAAAGCAGACCGGAGGUGUGGCGGCCCGGCUGGAGACGUCAGAGAGCAGCACCGCGCCCGCGGCGUUUCGGGGAGUGCAGAAGACGGAGAACAAUGAGGAAGGCGAAGACCGAAAAGCGCGAGAUCAAAGGACUGGUCAGAGUCCGGGCCAGCUCGAAGCAGGAAGCGAGCAGCAGGUCCCCACAGUCUCGAGAGAGAUACCUCGUAGUGACUCGGAUUCGCCGUCUCGCGGGAAGGCGUCGGACGUCUCCGUAAAACGUCACAUCGGAGACAGAGCGUUUCCUCUCGCCGCCGACGGGCUCCUGCCUCUGCCGCCGGGAGUCCUUCCAGGGACUGAAGGCUCCUCGGUGUCUCUCGCCGAGCUGACGAGUCCUCUCCCGCCUGCGCUGCCGCCUGAGGAGGACGCGAGCUGGGCGCAGGUCCUCUGCCCAGUCGCCGCAGAGCUCCUGGCGACUCCGGAGUUCGAGGCCGAGACGCGCGACGACCGACAGGCGGCUCGGCGGCUGGACGAAGAACCCACAGGCCGAGAGCCGAGCGACGGCCUGUCGCUGCGCGAGAGAGCGCAGAGACUCGAGAGCAGAGAGGCGGGAGAGAGCGCCGACUUUCCAGGAGAUUCGAGAGGAGAGGGGAUCCUGGAGGUGCAGCGCAGAGACGUCGAGUCGGAGGGAGAGCCAGAGAGAGGGAGCGAAACAAGCGAAGAAGACGCGACAAGUGGAGAAGAUGAAAUGUGGACCGAGGAAGAAGACGACGAAGCGCGUUCCGAUGCGCGGGCGAUGGCGGAACAGCGAGAGGCUCGACUUCAGGCACAGCGAGAGCGCAUGGCAAAGAGCAAAGCCAAGAAAAAGGACCGAGGAAAAAGGGAGGAAAGAUGGGGAGCGAAACAGACGUUUUUAAACCGAGACGCCCGGAGCGACUUCUGCGCCUCUUCCAGUGACGACGAACAUACCAGCUCAGACCCUGCGUCCAGCAGUACGCAGAGGGCUCUUCUGCUACAGUCACGCAACUCCCGCUCGGUUCCCCCGCAUCACCACUCACAGUGCUCUUCUCCUUCUUCUUCUCCGCAAGCUUCUUCUCCUCGUUCCUCUUCUCUCGCUAGUGGAAGUCUUCCACGGCAUCUGUCAGGCGCUUCAGCGUCUCUGGAGGAGGCCCGCAACGGUGGCGCUUCCGCCUCAGCACCCCUCUCUCAGUUGUCUCCCUCUCUACUGUCUCCCUCUCUGCUGUCUCCCUCUCUGCUGUCUCCCUCUCAGUUGUCUCCCUCUCAGUUGUCUCCCUCUCUGCUGUCCCCUCCUCAAGAGGCCUCACACCUCACUGAGGUUGCGGGAGCCGAGGGAAGAUUAAGGAAGUCGCGGGAGGUGAGAGGGAGAAAGAGUCAAGAGGAGGAGGCUGGAGAGAUUCAACAGCGAGGCCUCGGUCACCUCUACGAUCGGGGCGGAGAAGAGAGAUGCGGCCGUCGCAAAGAGGCGAGCACCAUCGGCAGGGAACGAAGUCUCUCUGCAGAGACGAACUGCAUGCGAAUGUCCCAACUGGAGAUGCCCAAGUCUCCAAUCGCUUCCUGUGCAUACGCAGGUCUCCCGCUGCCAACGGUGUUGCCGCCUGCCGAUGCCCUCGCAGGUCUUCUUGGGAGUCCAGAGACGCGGAAGAGAACAGAUGUCUCAGGUCGCGCACAUGCGGCCUCGGACUUGGUUCUCGCACCCGCUCAGAGAGCGCGACAGAGCGGCCCGGACUUGGCGCUGCGGCUGUCGAUUUCGUCGGUGGCUUCGGAUGGCGAGUGCGUCUCUUUUGAGAGAAGAAGUUACUUGCUAAUCAAAAAAUUGAAUUUCAUUCUCAGACAUGGCGCGCCUCUCUUCAAGCUCCCAAUGCGAGAAGACGGCUACGUCCGGAUUCGCGAGCUCCUCGAACUCGACUGCAUGCGCAGCGUCUCCUGGGAAGAAAUCUAUCUGGUGGUUGCCUCGAAUUUCAAGAGGAGAUACGAAAUCUGCUACGACCCCACAGAGCCGGAACAUGUCGGCGAGACUGGGGAUCUCUGCGUCCUCGACGAACUCCGAAAUCCGGUCUCUCAAGAGACAAUGCCUCCGGCUGUCCCCGCCACCGACGAUGCCUCAGACCUCUCCUUCUCACCGACCUCUCAUCACGACGCAGAUAGAAAGGCAGCGCGCAGGGAAGAAGCGACAAAGAACACAAACACAACCUCAUCACGAACAGAAGACAGACUCCACUCCCCUGCUUCUUCCUUUCCUUCUUCCUUUCAUUCUACCUCAACUUCUUCCUCUGCUUCUUUCUCUUCUUCCGCGGACUCUUCCAAGGCGCGGUACGAGUCUGCGGCAUUCCCGAAAGACGCUUCGUUGGGCGAGAAGUCGCUUUUUUCUUCUCUGAGGGGGAGGCAGGCGCGGGAGGGGGAUGCGUCCGGAGGAUCGGGGGGCAGCGGCUUCUGCGAUGUUCCUGCGUUUCCUUCGUCGGCGGCGCCAGAGCUCGCCAACGACCGCUGGCUGCUCCGCGCAACGCAAGGUCACACGAUUCGCCAGGUCGCGAGUGACUUGCUGUUGCGGAGCAUCUGCGACCCUGGCGAACUGCCGGUCUGCGUCCACGGGACCUUCCUGAAAAACUGGAUGGCCAUUCGCUCCGCAGGACUCAGCCGCAUGCAUCGAAACCACAUUCACUUCGCUCCGGGGCUACCUUCUGAAUGCGGAGUAGUCAGUGGCAUGAGACGCUCGAGCGACGUCGCGAUCUAUGUGAAUGUUCACCUGGCGAUGAAGGAAGGAGUUCGUUUCUACGUCUCGAAUAACAAUGUCAUUCUCACUGAGGGCCUUCGCGGAAAGCUGGUUCCACGUUACUUCAAGCGCGCGAUUCACCUAAGGUGGAACGAGGUCCUGUUUGAAGAUGGGUGUGACUUUACACCUCGCUUUUUCGACCGCCUUCCUCCAGAGCUCCUCGAAGAGCACAGGCAUGCAGUUUGCGCGAAGGCUGUGGCAAGCAAUCAUGUCUCUGGAAGCAGUCCAUCGCGCAAAGAGAAAGAGGAAUCCGUUCGCGAGUGUGGGGACAGGAAAGGUCAAGAAACAUGA